AUGUCGACUUCAACCCGCCCGACCACACGCCCGCGCCGGAUCGACGACGCCCUCUCCCAGCUAGUCGACUCGCUACUCCCCGAGAUCCCACUCUCCGCGCUCCCCCAAGACCACGAUUUCUCCGAUGACGACUUAGCCAUCGCCGCCGCCGAGGAACAUCGACACCACGCUCUACUCGAACGCGCCUGGCGCACCCUCGAAUCGCACCCCAGCAAUGGCGCAGAUCCAAGCUCCCCAGCUGGUCGCCGCGGCAGUUUCGCCGCCGAAGACGUCAACCACGCCCCGGAUUUGAUCAAGCGCAAGUUGAGGCGCGAGAAUGCUAGCCCGGAGAAGAUUGUGCGCUUCUCGAAUUUAUACACCCGCCUCCUCACGCAGCCUGUGCUUUCGCAGAAAUGGGGCAUCUUGUAUCUGCUGUACAAGCUGGGCGAGACGGAGGAGGAACAGGCCGUCGAGCGCAGUCGCAGUCCGCUCAUGGACGAGGGGAAUUUGCAGAAUAUGCUUGGUCGAGGCGCGGGGCGGCCGAGGCGUGGCACGUUCGUGGAGUCGGAGGAUGAUGAGGGUCCUGCUGUGAGUUCGUCUGCGUCGCAACCGCCGCGCAUAUCUCGUGAGUCCAGGCCGCAGCGCCCGAGUUCUUUGCGCAGGGACUGGGAGGAGUCUACGGAACGGGCUACUGCAAGUCGUGCUAGCCAUUACGAGACUGGGGAUGAGCACGAUGAUGUGGCGUCGGCGACGGAGACGCCGGGCAAUCAUCCUCGUUCGGCGGCCUCUGUAGAGAAUGGGCUUUUACGAGAUCUGCCAUUCAAUCUGCAGGGUCUGUCGUCAACAAAUUUACAGUUCCAGUCGCCGUCGGUGUUGAAAUUACCCUCGAAUCUGCCAGCUCCGAUUAUUUCGCUUUUGAAUGCUUUGGCUGAGCCGUGUCUGCUCUAUAAAGAGUUGGCUGGGUUUGUGGAAAGUGCGGAGGGGGGACUUGUGAAUCAGAGCUUGAGAGCUGCUGUUGCGAAUGAGUUGCGCUCGUAUUUGGGCUUGGUGGCGACGCUGGAGGCAGAGAUUAGACAGGCAUUGGCUGCUGUUGGGGACGCGAGUUCGAUGCAGGGUGUCAGGAAGGGUGGUGUUACUUUGAAGAGGUGUAUGGUGUGGACGAGGGAUGCUACGAUGGCGCUGAGGCUGAUGAGUCUGAUUGUGGAGGAGGCUCGUGAUAAAAAGGGCGGUCAAUUGAUUUCCUUAAUCCACGGCUUCUCGUCGUCUCAUGGGGAUCCGUUCGUCUGCUCCUUUGCAGAGAAGCUCUUGGCUCAUGUUACUCGUCCGUUUUACGACAUGCUCCGGCUGUGGAUCUACGAUGGUGAACUGUCUGAUCCAUAUAAGGAGUUCUUUGUUGCAGAAUCUGAUCUCAGGACUACCACCGACCCUAGACGUACUGCAACCAGUGUCUGGGAAGACAAGUAUAAGUUGGAUGACGAUAUGGUCCCGUCUAUUAUUACUCAGGACUUCGCCAAAAAGGUGUUCUUGAUCGGAAAGUCUCUCAACUUUAUUCGAUAUGGUUGCGGUGAUUCUGGAUGGGUGGAGGCUUAUUCCAAAGAAGCCUCAAAAGAGCUACGAUACGGCGACACCGCUACCCUCGAGACCUCCAUUGAUGAGGCCUACAAGACAACCAUGGCGCGGUUGAUCUACCUCAUGGAUGACAAGUUCAAGCUCUUUGAUCAUCUCCGGGCGCUGAAGAAGUAUCUCUUGCUGGGACAGGGUGACUUUAUCGCUCUCCUCAUGGAGUCGCUGGCCUCCAACCUGGACCGCCCUGCAAACUCGCAAUACCGCCACACGCUCACCGCGCAGCUGGAACAUGCCAUUCGAGCUUCGAAUGCGCAGUAUGAUUCCCCCGAUGUGCUCCGCCGGCUAGAUGCACGUAUGCUCGAGCUUAGCCACGGCGAGAUCGGUUGGGACUGCUUCACUCUGGAGUACAAGAUUGACGCCCCUGUCGACGUUGUCAUCACACCAUGGGGCUCAACACAGUAUCUGAAAGUAUUCAACUUCCUCUGGCGCGUGAAGCGUGUCGAGUUUGCCCUCAACAGCACCUGGCGCCGCUGCAUGACCGGUGCACGAGGCGUACUACGCAGUGUGGACGACAAGGUUGGGCCGGACUGGAAACGUGCACGCUGCGUUAUCGCCGAGAUGAUUCAUUUCGUCUGCCAGCUGCAAUACUACAUUCUCUUCGAGGUGAUUGAAUCUAGCUGGGACCAGCUCCAGGCCGAAGUCUCCAAGCCGGGCUGCACACUAGACGAUCUCAUCGAAGCGCACACGAAAUACCUCAACUCUAUCACGCACAAGGGCCUAUUAGGCUCGGCUACUACAUCUCGAUACGGCGUCUCUACCUCUGCCUCCGCCAAACAGCCCGAAGAAAGUUUCCUCAGCCAGCUCCACCAUAUCCUCAAGAUCAUGCUCUCAUACAAAGACGCCGUGGAUGGUCUAUACUCCUUCUCCGUCGCCGAGUUCACUCGUCGCCAGGAACUUAGCGCGAAAAUUGAAACUCGCACAGCACAAGGUCGCUGGGGUGUCACGGACCGCGAUGUGCUACCACGCCGCGCGAAUAGCCGUGGCGGUGCAUCCAUGGCAUCAACACCAGACAUUCGACCCGCCAGUACCGGCCCGGACGGCAUCGAUACUCCAUUCUCGCUCUCAGCACAGGACCUCGCGGCCGACGAUAAUAUGCUUGCUUCGUUAAGGAUCCGACUGCGUGAUCUCUCCGCUGAUUUCCGAACGCGCUUGACCACCCUACUUAGCGAUCUAUCCUACCAGCCCGAUGUGGACAUGCGCUUCCUCGCUGUCGUGAUGAACUUCAACGACGUCUACAAACCUAGCAGGAGGCGGCCUAAGCCGACCUCUGGCGUGCGGGAUAGAGAUAGAGAGAGGGAGCGGGCGAAGCGCAAGGCUGCGGCCAGUGCUGCGACGGCGAAUGCUGGAACUGGCUCGGGCACGGAAUCAUCAAGAGAGAUGCGGCGAGAGCGGAGUGCUGCUGGUGGCUCUGAGCCUGGGAAUGGGAAUGGGGCUACGGCAUAG